CCGAGCGCAAAACACGUCAGCUGCUCGCCCAGUCGUCUCCGCGACGUCGUUGGGCGAACUGUAUCAGCGAAUUUUCCGCGUGUUUCCAUCGUGAUCCUCGUUUUCCCUGUUCGUUUCCUCGUUCCCCGGCCUCCCCGUGUCCCCGGGCCGUCAUCGUUUCGAUGACUUUCGCGUGAUCGGUACGCGACGCCCCUCCCACCGCCCCGUCUUUGUCUCGUGCCACCCUUGACGACCAGCUUCUCUUCUUCGCCUCCCCUCCAAGGCUCGCGGCCGAGCGCAGAGUGGAUUUUGUCGUUAGUGAUUUGUGCGAUCGUAACGAAUUACGCAAUUAAACGGUGCACACCACGACGCGGUGCAACGUAAUUCGCGCGCGCGAUAAGGACCGGCGCGAUGGCCGACACCUGCGAGGAUCCAGGAUCGCUCGCGGUCAGGCGGCCGCCGAUCAGCCAGGAACAACUAGCUUGAUCCUUGACACCGAUUGCGAAAUGGGGCUGGCAGAUGCCGAUCUGAGCAUGGGUGCAGGCGCAGCUGGGGGCUCGGUCCUCGGCCUGCCUGGAUCCGGCGUGGGUGGUGUGUUGUCACAGCACUGCGCGAUCUGCGGGGACCGAGCGACCGGGAAACACUAUGGCGCCGCUUCCUGCGACGGUUGCAAGGGAUUCUUCCGGCGGUCGGUCAGGAAAAAUCAUCUGUACGCCUGCAGGUUCAAUAGGAACUGCGUGGUAGACAAGGACAAGAGGAACCAGUGCAGAUACUGCAGAUUGCGGAAAUGCUUCAAAGCUGGCAUGAAGAAAGAAGCCGUGCAGAACGAGCGGGACCGAAUCAGCUGCAGGAGGCCUAGCUACGAGGAGCAGAGCAGCAACGGAAGCGGACUGUCCGUGGUGUCGCUUCUCCAAGCGGAAAUGCUCAGCAGACAAGUCGGCGCUGCUCUUGAGCUAGGCAGCCCGAGCAACGACAUCGAUCUCAGCACGAAGCAGAUCGCGAACAUAAACGACGUCUGCGACAGCAUGAAGCAGCAGCUGUUGAUCCUGGUCGAGUGGGCCAAGUAUAUACCAGCGUUCAGCGAGCUGACCCUCGACGACCAGGUCGCCUUGCUCAGGGCACACGCCGGCGAACAUCUUCUGCUCGGCGUGGCCAGGCGUAGCAUGCAGCUCAAGGAUGUCCUGCUGCUGGGCAACAACUGCAUCAUCACGAAAAAUUGUCCUGUCAUAUCUUUGUCCGCAGAAGGUCGCAAUCAGGACCUGGACAUGAGCAAGGUCGGCGUCAGGGUGAUGGACGAGCUGGUGAAACCGUUGAACGAGGUGCAGAUCGACGACACCGAAUUCGCCUGUCUCAAGGCCAUCGUCUUCUUUGACCCUAAUGCAAAGGGCUUAAGUGAACCACAGCGAAUCAAACAGCUACGCUACCAGAUUCAGAUCAACCUAGAGGACUAUAUCAGUGACAGACAGUACGACAGUCGUGGUCGGUUCGGGGAGAUCCUUCUGACUUUGCCAGCUCUCCAGUCCAUUUCCUGGCAGAUGAUAGAACAAAUCCAGUUUGUACGACUGUUUGGGGUCGCGCACAUCGACAACCUGCUGCAGGAGAUGCUUCUAGGUGGCGCCACGGCUGAAGAAAAUGGCACUGUAACACCAAUUCCGAUCUCAAACGCUCCAGGCAGUUAUGUGAGCAGCAACGAAAGCCCUAGCAGUCCGCUGACGCCUGCCAAUGCCCCUCCGUUAAGUCCCCAAGACCACAUGCUAGCUGGGGGAAGUCCCGUGAUGAUACUAAGGGACCUGACACCUAUUCAGAAUCAAGAAGACGUGACCAGUGUCUCUGGAUUCAGGAUGUUCAAGCAGGAACCCAGUCUCGAAAGUGAAUCAACGUUUUAAGGGAUUCCCAGGGGAACCGAACGCAGUUGGCAGAUUCUAUAGAAUGAAAGUGAAUUGUUCUUGACUAUUGCUGAAACUGACUUGACCAUUGCACCGAUUUGGAGUACUUAUGACGGAGAUUCGGAAUUUGUUGGCAGAGAACGGGGACGCUGUAAUAUCCUUCUAUGGCUCGAGCCGUCGUAAUUUGUUUCUAUGUUGAACAUUUAAGUGUUCGCCAAAAUAUUGUGAUAGAUGGAAUCACAUUUGAAAAUGUCUGGAAACUGUUGAUAAAGAUUUCAUCGUCGUGGACAGUGAAGAAUGCUUGAAUAUACUUGGUGCGAUAUUAGAACGUGUAAUUCAUCAUUCACAAAUGUCGAAUAGAUUUUACAAUAUUUUAAGGGCAUUGAAAGGUUGCGAUGCGCAACAUAUUCGAGAAUAUUUCGUAAUGAAAUUUCGAAGCACUAGAGUUUUGGAGCACCUGGCUGAACGUCGUAAUUUUCAAGGGUUAAGUGGAGUUCUGUAGAAGCCCAAAACAAGGAGUUGAUUUUCCGAACUCUUACAGAAUGUUAUCUUUUGAAACAGCUGUUGGUUGCCAAGGAAAGCCACUCUUUGAUAUAAGUGAAUUGAAUUUUUUGAAAUGUUGUGAUUUUGGAAAGAAAUAUUAUUUCCACCUAAGUGACAAUUUUGAUAUACAGGUUUUCCUUAAUGUAACACUCAUGUUCCACAGGGUUGAGAGUACAGAUUACAAUUUUUUUUUAUAAUUCACGAUAAAAUAGUUUUUAUAUUUCAUAAUAAAACUCGAAAUAAUCAGAUAAAUAUUAAUUGGCUGCUCCAGGACAAUUCCCUUGAUGUGCAUCAGAGAGAAAGUUAUUUUUCUUAAUACAAAAUAGUGGAGAUAAUUAAACGUUAUAGUAGGGAUAAUCCAC